UGUAUCUUAGCACUACACACAUAUUCUGCUGUACCGUUUGACACCUUGUAUCAUAUACACGUAAAACAAUGCUCGGAUGAGACGUUAAACAUAUGCCGUGUCCGGAAGCCUUCCCUGCACUGAAGCCCGAUAGGAUCUGCGGUCGUCAUAUAUAUAGCACACACCUUGUGACCCGGGGGUACGGCAACAUCAUACAAUACGUCACAAAUUCUAUCCGAUGAUCUAAAUGCUACAGCCUGGUUUUGUAGCUCCUCGUAAUUCAGCUGUUUUAGCAUGUGAAGCAUUAAGCAUGCCUGUUGUAAUGGAAACGACGUAGUGGCUCCCAGCUGUAGUACGUGCGGUCGAGUGAGCACGCACUGUGCGUAAAAUGGUCGUCUUUUCGGUAGUGGAGUUCGUAGCGAAAGGAGAAUCACGUGGCCUUAUUUAGGCUAAUUGGAAUCGUCGGCUGUCGAGAGCCUGUCCUAGCAAUGAGAAGCGAGCUGGGAUUUUGACAAGUUAUGAUCACUGUGUGAUUACAUUCUGUCACAGAACGUUGUAACCACGGACAUGUGGAACUAGAUUUACAGACGUCCGUCCGCCGGGCAUGGAAAACUAACGACACGGGACCACAGAGGCAAGAACCGUAGGCCCGCCGCCAGGGGGUGAGGCCGUGAGCUGAUAUAACUAAGGACACACCGUACAUCUUAAGAUGACAUUGACAUCUCUAAUUUGGAUUGUUGUCAUGGUGACUCUCGGCUCCCUCCCCACCUCCCGCUCGGUCACGCCUUGGAAUCCAUCGUUGCCAUGGAAACCAACCAUGUCUAAUUUCCCGCCAGAUUACCACAACCAUCCCUGCUCACGAGAGUGUGUGGAGGGCGCCCCCUCACUGGUGUGCGAGUACGACUUCAUCAUCGAGUACUACUACACCCUGACGCGGGCCUGCUACGGCUGCCCGUACAACCAGACAGACUGCACCCGCCCACAUUGCGUGCCCGCAGAUGGAAGGUCACGUGGUAUACUGACAGUUAACAGAAUGAUUCCAGGUCCGGGAAUACAUGUUUGUGUCGGAGAUGCGAUCAAAGUGAAUGUUAAGAACAAGUUAGAAGGAUCUGAGGGGACCACCAUUCAUUGGCACGGGGUACUUCAGCACGGAACUCCUUAUAUGGACGGCGUUGCCAUGCUGACGCAGUGCCCGAUCCAUGCGCACUCCACGUUCCAGUAUAAUUUCUUGGCAGAGCUUCCCGGCACUCACUACUGGCAUGCGCACGCUGGUCUACAGCGAGCAGACGGUCUGUUUGGAGCUCUUGUGAUUCGCCAGCCGAGAUCACGUGACGUACAUGGACUUGAGUAUGACUUUGACCUCCCCGACCACACGGUAUUGAUAAAUGAUUGGUUGUCGGAAAUGAGCGCCACCCGAUACGCCGGGCAUCACCAUGCCAUGACUGAACACUCUCCGGACUCCAUCCUCAUUAACGGGCACGGGUCCAAGCACGUGUUCAGCGAGUCACCAUCUCAUAGCGAACAUUCACAUGGACACGGGGGCCAUAUGGGGGCCAGCAAGGGGCAUGACGGCCAUGAGAUGCACCCGACUGGAUCAAUGACUCAUGGUCAACCGACUGCACAUAGCGAAAGUUCCAUCAUUUCCGGUCAUAACGGUAUGACGCAUAGCGACGGGUCACAUGACCAAAACUCUAAUCAUCUGUCACGUGGUCCUACUCCAACCAUGAUGCCCACUGAAUCGCCAAUGUCUCACGGUGACCAUCCAAGUAUGACAGCACAUGAUGCACAUGUGGACAUGGGCCAGCCAAUGGGAUCACAUGCAGCAACAACGCCAGAAGGCCAUUCAGAAAGUGCGCGUGAACAUUUGCAUACUGAUGGUAUAAGGUCAUCGGAUAGUACGACCGAAGGCCAUAACCACCACCGGUCAAGGAGGAGCAGUGAGAAACCGGGUUGUGGUAAUGAUACUGGACACCAGAAGGAUCAAGAGGUGCACACACCCAAUGCUGUCUUUCUUAUUACACCAGGGUUCCGUUCUCGUUUCCGUUUGAUUAGCAACGGAGUCAACAAUUGUCCCAUUCAUUUUUCUAUUGAUAACCAUACGUUGCUUGUGAUAAGUUCAGACGGAUCUCCAUUUAAACCUGUGAAAGUAGAGUCAUUAAACCUAUUUGCCGGUGAACGUUAUGAUGUGAUUAUUGAAGCCAUUAAUCCUGUGGGAAACUAUUGGAUUAGGACGCGGGGCCUGGCUGACUGCGGGCCGGAAAUGAAGUCCGCUUCUCAGACCGCCAUACUGCGGUAUUUAGGCGCACCAGACACACUCCCCUCUGGUUGUACCGACUAUGAAAGCGGAAAUCGGCGGGGCAUGAAGCUGAAUCCGUUUAACGAGGAGAUGAAUGGUGACGCGAUGAUCACGGUGGCCGAUCUGUUGUCCACUGAACCCAACGACAUCUCGCUGAAGCCGAUCCCGGAUAGACAGUUCUAUCUGGCAAUGGACUUCAACAUGGUGGAAAACUACCGCUUCCACGAUCCGGAAUACUACUCUCUGUCGUCCCAGAUGGGGGCAGUUGGUGGACACCAUGCCCAUCACCUUUUCACUCCCCAGAUCAACGGUAUCACAUACAUCAACCCUCCGUCGCCGCCUCUGUCUCAGUAUCAUCGUGCCUCGCAAUAUUUCUGUGACAAAAACGAUUUCCUUGUGGACUGCAAGACGCAGCUGUGUGAGUGCACUCACCGACUGAAGGUCAAGGUCGGCGAGGUCGUGGAGCUCGUUCUGAUUGAUGAGGGUAAACACCUGGACAACAGUCACCCCAUGCAUCUUCAUGGACAUAGCUUUAGGGUCGUAGCUAUGGAAAAGCUGAACACCUCCACAAGUGUUGAGUACGUGAAGAUGCGUGACCGGAUUGGGCUUAUCAGCAGGAACCUGGACAGGCCAAUCACCAAGGAUACCGUGAAUGUCCCGGAUGGAGGUUAUACCAUUGUCAGGUUCCACGCCAAAAACCCAGGAUUCUGGCUGCUUCAUUGCCACAUCGCCUUCCACAUGGCGAUGGGUAUGAGUGUCGUCAUCCAGGUGGGCGAGGUGGAGCAGAUGCCAGCGCCCCCUAGGAAUUUCCCACGCUGCGGGGACUGGACACCGGAAACCCAGCAGAUGGAGGAGUACCCUGAAUGUGGCCAGCAGUCCACAGCCUACCCUCUGGUCAUGGGAACUGACGUAGCGAAUUCCUACUAUGGCUCUUCCGUCCAGCCACACUAUAUCUCCAACUUCAACCCUCCGCAACCAAAUCUGAGCUCUCAGUCUAGUGUGAACGCUACAGCUAAGAACAUGCGAAUGCAGAUGUUCAACAUGUUCCUUACCGGCAGCAAUGGUCGCCCAACGCGACCACGAGGUUUGAAGUGGACCAAGAGCAGCGCCGCGUCAUCGCCAUCACUUGAUGUUCGACCCAGACGUACAGGCCGUAACGCACGCACCGAUCACCAUGAGGACCGCUCCGACCGCGUGUUGUCCACGAACCCCCUGUUGUAUCCGUCGGGUAGACGGUAGUUACGUCUGUCGAUGUCUUGGAAACGAUCCUGGACCAAAUUUUACAAGGAAUCAUUAUGUCCUUGUUCUUCAUUUGAGCAGACGCCAUCAUUGCAUAGGGAAAUCGGGCUGACCAGUACGUGUCUGACGUCAUCGGAGCACGGCCCCGCUUUGCCACAAGUAGCACGCGCCUUGUCCCACGGAUUAAGGGACACUAUUGUUAGAUGGUUCACAUCCAAGUAGUUGCUGUUGAAUUGCUCACAGAUUUCAUCUCGGCAGUUUGUUGGAAAUGAUAUUUCAGCUUCAUUGUUCUUGGUUAAGAAUGCUGAUUUUGAAUUAAAUUUAUUGUUGAAAAUACAUAGUAAGA